CAGCCCCAAACGAAACCCUAACCCUAAGCUUCGUUCUGUUUUCCUGUGCCACCCGCCAUUGAUUUAAAUACCACCAGCUUCCUCAUUCUCCAACCAUUCUCAAUUUUCCUCCAUUAUUUUCUUCUUCUCUGGGCUCCCCUUGAAUUUUAUUCGACCCCCUCUUCCCCAAUCUCUUUGAUUUUCGGGCCUCUGCAAAUCGAUCCGGUGGUUCCAGUUUUUGACUCUGGAUCUUCUUUUUCUUUCAUCCGCCGAAAUAGAUCAGAGAAUUUUUGAAAGGGUUGUGAAUGGUGGAAGAAAAUUCUAGUAGUAGUAAUUACAUGCGCUCCCUUUUGGAUUCAAGGGCGAGCGCUCGUCUUCCUCUGUCCGCUGCUUCUUCUUUCGCUUUUGGUUCUUGCAAGGAAGGCUGGUACUACCGCUGCCUCGGUGUUGACCCUUGAGAUCGCGAUCUCGUUUCUCGCUCUCUCUUUAUCGAUACCCCAUUUGAAGGAUUUUUUAUUUUUCUGAUAGUUCGUUUUUUUUUGUUCGAUUUUUUGGUCGCCACGCUAGCUUCGGUAAGUUUCUCGGGGCUAUCGUCGGUAGCCGAUUCUCUGUUUCGAAUAUAAUUUGAGGGAAAAAGAAGGGAUUGGAAUAUUUGGGAUUUUGAUUUUCUUUCUUUACAACGCAACGAUGUUGCUGUACAAGCAUAAGAAGAACCAGAAUGUUAAGGGCAACAGGCUCUUGAUCAGCAUCAAUGUGCUGGGAAGCGCUGGUCCGAUUCGAUUUAUUGUGAGCGAGGAGCAACUUGUUGCUGCUGUUAUUGAUACCGCGCUGAAAUCCUACGCGCGAGAGGGCCGCCUGCCGAUUCUUGGCUCCGAUCUUAACGAUUUCCAGCUAUACUGCCCAAAUGCUGGACCAGAUGCCUUGAGUCCAUGGGACGCAAUCGGCUCACACGGAGCUCGAAACUUCAUGUUGUGCAAGAAGCCACAACCAGAGAAGAUGGGAGAAGAUGCAAAAUCACCACCAGGGCCACCCAUCUCCUCCCGAAAAGGGCCAGGGAGCUGGAGAUCAUGGAUCAACAGGUCUCUGAAUUUGAAAAUCUAUUCCCAUUGAAUCCGUAUGUCGACAAUGAUGGGUUAUUGCUGCCAAUUAGGUUUGUUUUUCGUCGUUUAUUGUGCCCCAAUCCCUUUUGGGGGCCAAAUACCUCCGAGAGGAGUUCUGGACCCUUGGCAAUUUGGUUUUUUUUCUUUCCCCUUUUCUUUAUGUAGUCUUGUCGGACCCAAGCUUCAACUCUCCAAAAGUUGGGUGGCUCCCUUUAGAAAUAAGCUCUGUACUUCUUCAGAGUUGUAUCCCUUUGAAAUAAAUUACAUUCUAGUUUUUCACUAGCCAUGUAUUGUCGAACCUGCUUAAGUCUCAGGAAAGAAGAUGAAGUAGUUGUUCGGUUAUGCUUUUUUGAGCUCUUGAACUCAAAUAUGCUAGAAUUCUUCAAGUUGAGUUUCAUGUCUUAUGAUCAAUCUGAUUGGUGAGAUUACUGAACAUAUUCGGGUGAAUAUUAUUAUAUUAGAAGUGUUGUUUGGAUCGAAAAAUGAAGGGGUGGUGUUGAGCAGUUUGAGGAAUUGUAUAAUUGAUGAUAAUGUUUAGUAAAAGCUGCUGGUGGUGUGAUGUGAUUGUGA